AUGAAAAAUUUAACUACAGUUAUUUUAACAAUUUUGGUUACAUUUUUGGCGAUUAUAUAUACCUUAUAUAAAAAUUGGUUAGUAUUAAGUGGAUGUUAUCGUGAACCAGCUCAAAAAUAUAACGGAGGGAAAUGUCGAUAUCUCGAAGACAAACAGAGUCGUAAAACUAUACCAUGGCCACCACCUGGUCCAUAUAAUGACAGUUUUCAUUUAAGGGGAGUCUUUUAUGUAUACAACAUCGAGGCAGACAAGUUAACUCCCCUUAUUCUCAAAAAUUUUUCCGACAAAGAAGAUUUUUCGCUUCAUGGUUUUGGAAUAUACGAAAGUCCUACAGAACCUGAUAAUCUUUAUUUCUUUAUUAUAAACCACAAGCGUUCUGGAAAACUUUUAAUAUAUGAAAGAAAACCUGAUAAUAAAUUGAAGCUGUUGGAUGUUAUUAAUGUUGAACAUCCUAUUGAUAACGUUAAUGUGGAUCCGGUGACAGGUGAAAUUUAUCUUGCAGUGGCACAUAGUCUUGUAGAAUUGGGAACAUAUUUGAGUGGUUUGGACAAAUCAAAAAAGCCUUCAUUCGGUGUGAUUAAAAUUAGUAACAACACUGAAGAAGACAAGUUUAAUGGGAUUAAAUAUGUAAAAGAGAAAAUAUUUGAGGAUGAUGGUACUUUGUUUCAUGCGGCUUCUGUGGCGGCCG